AUGUCUCCUAUUUUUAAGUCAACUUAUUCACUGAAUAUGCUUUCCAGCAAAUCUGCAAUUACUUGUAUAUAUAGCACAAAAUUACUAAUCAAGUUCCUGUAUCUUAGUAUUAUAUGGAGUUUCGUAGUCUCUGGACCCAUCAUGUUCCCCAACGAUACUACAGUUAAAAGUAGUAUACUUUUGAAUACAACCAUAAAUCAAGCAAAAGUUGACAACCAGGAUAGCAGUAACAAUAAUGAAACAGUUAUACCACUGAGUAAUACUGAAACAGACAAUGAUAUUAUAGAAAUACAAAAAGAGACUUGUGAUGAUCCAGCUGAAGAAUUUGUAUCUCCAGUACGUGGGACACCUCGUUGUUGUCGUAAAUGUGAAAUUGGUAAUGGAAUGUUAAGAUUAUGCUCAAAUACAGAGGAUACACAAUGUCGACCAUGUAAGCCAGGUUUUGAAUUCACAUCAAUUAGAAGUGCUACAAAAAAGUGUAUGCAAUGUCGACGUUGUGAAGAACUUCAUCCUUUAGCAAAGACACGCACUGAAUGUACUCCGACAACAGAUACAAUAUGUCAGUGUAAAAAAUCGUAUUAUAUGUCAGAAAAAGAACAAACAUGUAAACCAUGCACUAUUUGUAAACCUGGGGAAGGUAUAGUCAAACCAUGUGAUUGGAAUUCUGAUACACAGUGUCAAUCUUGUCCAGCUGGUUUUUGGUCUGCACAAACUGCUGACAGUGUAAAGUGUAUACCGUGUCAAACGUGUGAAAAAAAUCAAAUUUUAAUCAAUGAAUGUUCAUCUGUAUCGGAUACACUAUGCUGUCCAUUGACCAAUCCUAAUUGUACACAUGAAUCUCAUUAACGUUGGGUAAGCAAUUUCAGAUUUUCUAUUGAAAUGGGAUUUUUUUUUCACAAAUGAUUUACAAACUUCACCUUUCAUACUGACAAUUCUCACAGAUUAACCUGAGUAGUUUCUAACUACUCAAAGUAUUUAGUAGUAGUAUAUUUUUGCGAAUUCAUGACACUUUUAUGUCAGAGUUCACAUCUUGUGAACUCCAUAACUUCUGAAGGUCUUGAAUCCUAUCCGUAACGGAGCUGGUUCAUGAAUAUACAUACUACUGAAAAUGAAACAGAUGUUUUAAUGGAUCCCCUCAACUUAUGUCAAUCUACGAUGAAUGCAACCUUGAUAAUAUAAAUUCCCUAUAAACCUCAAAAUACAUUAGAGUUAGUAAAACAUAAAAAGAAUUUUUCGCCUUUCCGAAAAUCUUUUGAUGUUGAAACAUUAGACUAAAAAGGAAAAGUACAUUCAAAGACACACACACACACACAUUUAAAAACAAAGUCAGGAAUGACCUUUGCUUAUGGCCUUCAUAGUGCAUUUUUUCCAACUCUCCUCCUCCCCCCCCCCGUCUUCCUCUCUUUAUAUGUGAAUACUAAUUGUAGUACUAUCA